AUGAGUGAAUUAGUUUGGGGUAUUAAAAACGGUGAUAUAGAUCAAGUAAAAGAUAUAAUAGAAAAAAAUAAAAUUGAUGUCAACGCACUUAUUGACGGCCGGGUACCUCUCCACUAUGCUGCUGAUUAUGGACAAACAGCUGUAUUAAACUACUUACUAGAUAAGGGAGCUGAUCCUAAUAUGGUUGAUAAACAUGGUAUUUCAGUCAUACUAGCAGCUAUAUGGGAGGGCCAUACGGAUUGUGUUAAAACUUUAUUGAAACAUGGUGCAUCUAAGAGUGGUAAAACUCCAGACGGUACUCCAUAUAUAGAUGCAGCUGAGAAAGAGGAAAUCAAAGAGCUCUUAACA